CUGGCGGCGGGAUGCCGCUGGUGGUGCUGUGCGGGCGGGCGGGCAGCGGCAAGAGCCGCCGCGCCUCGGAGCUGCGGGCGGCGCUGAGCGGGCCGGAGCGGCAGGCGCACGUCGUGGCCGAGGCGGAGGGCGGGCGGGCGGCGCUGCGGGCUGAGGUGGAGCGGCGGCUGAGCCGGCGGGACGUGGUGAUCGUGGACGCCGGUAACGAGCUGCGGAGCAUCCGCUACGAGCUGUACUGCGCGGCGCGGCAGGCGGGCACGGCGCGCUGCCUCCUGCACUGCGCCGGCGGCCCCGACGGCCCCGACGAGCCGCCCUUCGAGGCUCCGGACCCGCAGAACCGCUGGGACCGGCCGCUGUUCACCGUGCACGGGGAGGAGCCGCUGCCGCUGGACGCCAUCCGCGCCGCCCUGUUCGACAGCGCCCCGCCGCCGCCGCACCGUUCCACCCGCACCCAGCCCCUGCAGUCCUCCAGCUUCCUUCACCAGCUCGACCGUGUCACUCAGGACGUGCUGGCCGCCGUCAUGGACGCCCAGAGGAGCGGGGCGCAGCCCGGGGAGGUGGUCCGUGUCCCCGGUGUCGCUGAAGGGCUGGUGCUGAGCCGGCCGGUGAGCAUGGCCGAGCUGAGCCGGCUGCGGAGGCAGUUCAUCACUUACACCAAGAUGCAGCCCAGGGAUGAGAACUUGCCCCAGCUGGCCGGCAUGUUCCUACAGUACCUGAGCCGCAGCAUCCAGUGAGCCUGUUACCCGUGCAGCACACAGCAGUGGCCGUGGUCCAUUCACAGGCCACAGACCCUGUAGAGCGUGGACCCCAUCUAUUGCAUCAGUAGCUCUGGGAAGAUGGAUGAUGCCGUGUCCUGCAGCAAGACAUACUGCUAAGAGCAUCCCUUUAGGGAUGCUGGUCCCCCAUUACUCUGUAUUGUCCCCACUUUCAUCAUUCACAAAGAAGAGCUACUGUUGCAUCCUCAAGCAAGUGAAGUCUCCUAUGGAGUUGUAAACGCCAGUAAUCAAACAGCGUCUGAACAUGGAAGCCCAGAAGGCAGUGACCAUAGGGAAAACUUUUCCUCUCUGCAUUAGCAUGUGUAUGUCUUGAAUAAGAAGUUGUUUUUCCAAGGAUAUCUCCAGAUGAUGCCAAACUGCAGAAGAGACUUCAGGUCUAGGACUGGAACAGGCUGUGUUUUUAGGAUGUGACUAUCAAAAAAUCCCACUGAACCCAAGAGAUAGAUUUGCAAACUCUGCACUGCAGAAGGGUGCUGGCUUAGUAAACUAGGACCUCUCUGUUUCAGGUUUAACAAUAAAAUGUGUGCCUUAAAUGGAGUAAAGUCUUAA